CAUUCCCCAAGCCCUCCGCCUGUCUCCUCUGGUAGGUUCCACAAUGGUACAGCCAGCAUCACGAUGCACAAUGGUCUCCAGACAGUAAAAGAGGGUGAUUCAGCAAGGCGCCGUCCCUCUCGUUUCUUCCUCCUCCUUUCCUCCCCGCGCGUCCCUCCCGGCUUCUCCUCGCUUUGUGCGCCUCCGCCGCUUUGAUCCCGGGCAUUCCGAGUGUUUCGUGCGCCCCCCCCCAUCUCCCACGCAACUCCCACCUUGGUCCAGGUCUCCCGGCUGCCACUUGCCCAUCAACCUCUCCAGAUCUCCCUCCUCCCUCCGACCACAUCACCACCCACCCUCCUUCCUCGUUUGGCUACCCCACCACCCACCUAUCUCCUCCUCCGCCUUGGGAAUGUGGUUUCCAAUGACCACCUAAGGUCGCGCCGCGCUAGGGGGAAAAGGUUGCUGCGUUCAAGAGGCUAGUCCGCAGCCCGGAACGGUGUGAAACUGGGGAUUCCAGCCCUCCCUGCAUUGCCUUUUCUCUGAGCUCCAGAUGAAGCGGAGACUUUGCAGACAAGAGCACCUAAGGAGGGAGAGCGGCAGCAGGAGGAGUUGGCGUUCAGCUGCAGAGCUUCAAGUCUUCCCAUCCAUAGGUGGCCAAGCACCAGCAUUUUAAAGGUCUCCAUCUCCCUUUCCUGCCUUUAGACACUAAGGUAUUUAUGAGCCGCCAUUUCUUAUACUACUGCAGUGAACCUACCCUGGAUGUGAAGAUUGCCUUUUGUCAGGUGUGUGUUCCUUACAGGUAAAACAAGGGAUUCGGGAAACAAGUGGAUGUGUCAUAUAUUGCCAAAUAUUACAACAUGAGUAAAAGCAAAGUUGACAACCAGUUCUACAGCGUGGAAGUGGGUGACUCGACCUUCACAGUUCUCAAGCGCUACCAGAACUUAAAACCAAUCGGCUCUGGGGCUCAGGGAAUAGUUUGUGCUGCAUAUGAUGCUGUUCUCGACAGAAAUGUGGCCAUUAAGAAGCUCAGCAGGCCGUUUCAAAACCAGACACAUGCGAAGCGAGCUUACAGGGAGCUAGUCCUCAUGAAGUGUGUGAAUCACAAAAAUAUUAUCAGUUUAUUAAAUGUCUUCACACCACAGAAAUCUCUGGAGGAGUUCCAGGAUGUGUAUUUAGUAAUGGAGCUGAUGGAUGCCAACUUGUGCCAGGUGAUUCAGAUGGAGCUGGACCACGAGCGAAUGUCUUACCUGCUCUACCAAAUGCUUUGCGGCAUCAAGCACCUUCACUCUGCAGGAAUCAUUCACAGGGAUUUAAAACCAAGUAAUAUUGUGGUAAAAUCUGACUGCACAUUGAAGAUCCUGGAUUUUGGACUGGCCAGGACCGCAGGCACUAGCUUCAUGAUGACUCCUUAUGUGGUCACACGUUAUUACAGAGCACCGGAGGUCAUCUUGGGAAUGGGCUACAAGGAGAAUGUGGAUAUAUGGUCAGUAGGAUGCAUUAUGGGAGAAAUGGUGCGCCACAAAAUCCUCUUUCCAGGAAGGGAUUAUAUUGACCAGUGGAAUAAGGUAAUUGAACAGCUCGGAACCCCCUGCCCAGAAUUCAUGAAGAAACUCCAGCCCACAGUGCGGAACUAUGUGGAAAACCGACCUAAAUACGCCGGCCUCACUUUCCCCAAACUCUUCCCAGACUCUCUCUUCCCAGCCGAUUCAGAACACAACAAACUCAAAGCUAGCCAAGCCAGGGACCUUUUGUCAAAGAUGCUAGUGAUUGACCCAGCCAAACGGAUAUCAGUGGAUGAGGCCUUACAGCAUCCGUACAUUAAUGUCUGGUAUGACCCAGCAGAAGUGGAGGCGCCACCUCCACAGAUAUACGAUAAGCAGCUGGAUGAAAGAGAACACACAAUCGAAGAGUGGAAAGAAUUAAUCUACAAGGAAGUAAUGAAUUCCGAAGAAAAGACUAAAAAUGGUGUAGUAAAAGGACAGCCUUCUCCCUCAGGUGCAGCAGUGAACAGCAGCGAAAGCCUCCCUCCAUCCUCAUCCGUCAAUGACAUUUCCUCCAUGUCCACAGACCAGACCCUGGCGUCGGACACUGACAGCAGUUUGGAAGCUUCUGCAGGGCCCCUCGGUUGUUGCAGGUGACUAGCCGCCUGCCUGCGAAACCCGACGUUCUUCAGGAGAUGAUGUAAUUUAGGGGAGGGGGGGAAGAAUCAUUGUGGUCAUAAAAGAAUUCGAUGAUGGCAAGGAAGAGAAAAAAAAAUUAAAGGAAAAACAAACACACAUAAUGAUUAAAUAAAACAAAACCCUUUCAGCCUGCUUCUCUUAAAAGAGUUAUGUAAAUGCAGCUAAGCUCAAGUGUAUAUUUAACUUAAUAGUUGCUCUGCUUUGGUCUUCUUCCGAUGAUGCUUACUGCAAAAUGAGAAAAAACGGGGGAAAGGAGCCUUUUUCAUAAAUUUUGCAAAACUUUAAUGGCUGCAAAACCAGCAACUGCAACUGUCCUUUUUCACGUUGGCAUGACAAGGUGGCCAGAACCCCAACCCUUUAUGUGUAUACAUGUGUGCAUAUCUAACCCUUUCUGCUUCUGUUUUCAGCAGAUGUACAGAAAACUGCACAUGUAUCUCGGUGUACAUACAUGCAAAUAUGCAUUUGAGGAUAUAUAUGCAGCUGUAUGUGUACAUGUAUCUAAAGAGCAGGAGUCCGUAUGUGUGCACACAGCCCGCAAGUAGACAACUGAACCUCCUGGGGGGUUUUUUAAAUGCAAAUUUCAUCUGUAAUAUAAUUCUCAUUGUACAGCCUGUUUAGUUGGUCCUUGGGUUAAUUUGAAUAAGUAGGGGGAAAAGUCAAACCGAAGCUCUCUCAGAAUCUUGAUGAUGUAGAGUCCUAUAUUUCGGCACUGUUUUUAAUAGCGGUUUGUUUGGAGGAAUAAUAGAGGAAGUUCAAUGGGAUUGUCCUUGUUAAAUGCUGAUGGAUUUCGAGUUGUUGUUGUUUUUGAAUGAAUAUGUAUGUUGAGCUAGGGGAGUUGUCAGGAGAGAGGCCUGUUUGUGUGGAUGCAGGAUUCUGGACUAGAUGAUUCCCUUGGAACACCAGGGGCUUCUUGGGCACCAUAUUUCCAGGAACUUCCACUGCCUUGUGUGACUGCGUUCGUUUUUUAGAUAAAGGCUGUCAGAAAUGGAUCAAACUGGGUUGGCCAGGGUCAAGCAGAGGCUGGCAAGUAGUUCCCUAAAUGAGGGGAAGUCAGCUUGUAGAAGUUCUGCUUCUUCAUCUGAUAUGGUCCUGGGCAUCUAUUAGGCGAGAAAGGUUGUAGACUUCUUCUUUUGUAGUAGAACUCAUGCUGAUGUUGGGGAGCUGGCUCCUGAAUCAAGGCAGAAGUGAAAGAUGAAUGAUAUUGAGUGGAGGCAAAUAGAACACCUGCGUUUGUUGUUCCCAAACCCUAUCAUUUAUUUGUUCACGAUGAAGGACCUCAAGGUGGUCGCAGUCUGGAAGACCUUCACUAGAGAGAGGUUCUCCAUAACCAGAACUGUUGCUUAUUGGCAGAUAGGCUUCUCAUUGGGACUGCCUCUCUGUGCAUGUAGAAUGCUCCAGUUGGAGCGACAAGGCAAGGGAGUCAGAUUAAAAGAAAGGGGUGUUUCUAAUGUAUAUUUAUUACGUGUAUAGCUGUUUAGUGCAUCAAAGAAAGGAGGUUUGGAGCAGCACCAACCUAGGCUGUGAACAACUCCAAUUCUCUCUUUUUAAAAAAAAAAAUGCAUCUUAACCAUUCCCAACAUUAAUUGGAAGGACAGUGAAUGGCUAGCUGCUUUCAGCUUUACAAUUUCCCUCUUUGCUAUCCUUUCAUUGCAACAUAUUAUCUGAAAAUUCCCCAGGCCUACACCAAAAGUGGUUACACAAGCAGUGACCUGACUCACCCCCAACCUCCGCUCCCCCCGGAAAUCAGAUAUACAGAUUCUACAGAUACUUGUGUGCAUGAAUGGAUGUCAACCAUUUUUUUUUAUUAUUGUUGAGAAUCUGAGGUGUCAUGUACUACACUAUGUUGAAAUUUGUCCAGGAGACUAGGAGUCAAAACUUUAGGGAUAAACCUCUAAGAGUCAGCCUUGAACACAACUCUUAACAUUUAUUUUUGGUCAGAUGUGAAACCAGCCAUUUCUAACAUGGUUGAAUAGUGUGAAACUAAACUGAUUCUUUUUUUUAGUUUUUAAAGCAAGUGCUAAUAAUGUUUCAUGAAGGCAAAUAAAUAAACAGAUGUAUAAAAAACCAACAACCCACAGUGGCCACAAUCUAAGCCCUUUGAGUGACACCAGCUAGACCAGUCAUGGCCAAACUUGGCCAUCCAGCUGUUUUGGGACUACAGUUCCCAUCAUCCCUGACCACUGGUCCUGUUAGCUAGGGAUGAUAGGAGUUGUAGUCCCAAAACAGCUGGAGGGCAAAGUUUGGCCAUACCUGGCCUAGACUGAACCACACAUUCUUUCUCUUCUGAAAGGUGGCCAUAAACAAAUUUAGAAGCAUAUCCUUCCUGAAAUAGUUAUGACCAGACAAUUUCAUUUCCACUUACUAAAUAAAGAUGUAGGGCAGGUAGAAUUUUCCUUAAAUAAAAAGGAACGGAACACUUUUCGUUAGUGCAGUAUGUAUAGCAGCAAUAAGCAAAAAGUCACUACUGCAAAAAAUAAUAAUAACUAAAUAAAAAUAAAUAGCAAUAUAGGGGGCAAUCUAUCAAUUGCUGCUGGCGCAUCACAGUUACCACAUGCAUCUUCCAUUGAAAUGGAAGCCACAAAGCAGCUUUGAUUGAUUUCCCGUGUAUUCUUUCUGAAAGCCAUGAAACGAUAUCCAUGUGCGGCACUAACCUUAACUCAGCCCACAUGAAAUCCCAAUGCACAAGAAAUGGCAGUACUUUAAUGGGACACAGUAGUGCACUGAGGAUGCCACGAAGGCAAUAACAGAGAAAUGACGCUCUAAGCAAUAAUGGCAAUAAUGGCAUCUGCUAGCUGUGUAUUUUGUUGCCCAGAUAUAAUGGGCAAUUUUUUUAAAAAAGCCACUUUCCACUGUCCACUGUUUUGGUGCUGAGACCACAGGUAACAGGGAGCCUUUUGGAACUGAAGACCAUUAGCUUGUCAAUAUCAGAAGCCACAAUCCAUAACAGCGUUGAAGCAUCCAGACUCGCUGGUGAUGCUAAGUUACUCAGGGGCGGGGGGCGAAAUCCCAUCAGAGAGUUUGAGAAAACUCUCCUGAAUGCGUGGCUGGGGGAUAGAAUGGCAGAUGAAGUUCCAUGUAAGUGCCAAGCCAUGUUCAUUGGGAAAAGAUAAAACGAAAGUCAGUAAUCUGCAGCCAGCAAGGAAAGACAGAUAACCUUGAGAUUAUAGAGUGUUUACCGAAAACAUCAGUUGACUGUACUGCAGCUUUGAAAAGGGCAGAUGUGGUGUUAGGAAUUAUUAGGCAAGAAGCUGGAAACCAAGCAGAUCCUGAAACUGUUACAGAAAUCUGUGGCCCACCCUCAUUUAGAGGUGUCAUUCUGGCCGACUGACACAACAAAAACAAUAUAAUCAGAAUAUAGAAAAGAAUGAGGGGAUCUAAAAUAUUUUCAAGGGCCUUAGGGUGACAUGUCUAAAAAGUGGCUUGGCUUAGGGAACAGAAAAUGUAGCAUGGGCCCGACAGAGACAUAUAAACCAAUUAACACUUUGGAAUAAGCAUGUAAAGAGAGAAAGUAUCUCUUUCUAAAUACUGGUGCUUGAGGAAGGUUGUCCGACGGCAUCCAGGGAAACUGAUUGGCAAUGAUUCCAACCAAAGAAAAAUAAAUAUUUCACCACACAUAACUAACAUACACAGGACUGCUUUUUAAAAGGCUUUAAACACAAUUCAAGAAAAUUGUCCAUCACUGUUCAUCUGUCUCGUUGCCAUUUCAGACAUUCUAGUGUAUGUAGGUCAGAUCAAAAGAUGAUGAAAGCAAGGGAUUGUCUGUUAGCGGGAGUCUGCUGCCUUGCCUUAAAUUUAGCUUCUGACAUUUUGUCUGUAAGACACAGUUCUGUAAAUUUGGUCCUGCCUUUACAAGUGGCAGAUGACUGAGCCACCCAUAAUUCACCCGUUGAAAGAUAACAACCCUGUCAGUGCUGUUGUAGCAGGUCCAGCCUGGAAGGGAGGCCGUAAAUAGCCCUGUUAAUGCAAAUAUAUAUAUAUAUAUAUGGAGUGCUGAGACAAAAUGGGAGCUGAGAAAUGAAUAUCCUUCCCAUGGCACAUCUGCCCUUUGACUUUCAGGCCACACUCUCAUAUCUGUUCUUCUAAGUCUUGCUGGCCCUGUAACAUACCUUCCUCAAGUGCUUUGGCCUGCCUGAAUUGCAUCUUUGAAUUGUGAUACUCCAUCUUGCUUGGCUGGAUGGAGAAUGGGGUGGGGUGGAAUAGCCUCAUGACUUCUGCAUGGCUGCAAUGUAGCCUUCUUAGCAAUGGUAAGAGGCACAUAUAUUGCCAUCCCUCCCCCCAAUCACCACUAGCACUAACCACUAGGUUUCCUGAAAGGAAAUGUGACCCUCAAGCAGAAAAGGGUUCCUCACCCCUGUUCAAAGAUGUGGUGCUCUAGAAGAUAUCCUGAUAUUUGCAUCAAAACCUAAGAGUUGCUCUCUCAGAAGGCAGGGCUAGGCACAUUCGAUGUAUGGCUCAUAGCAGCAAGAUCUUGAACCUCAGCCAAUCAGAAAUACGUUUUGCUAGUGUUAUUGAUAUUGUAUUUCAUUUCCUCAGAAUACUCAGGGGUUUCAGCUUUUAGUCAGGUGGCAACCUCCCAAUUCAUCUUGAACGCUUUAGGUGAAAUUUGGCGCAAGACUUAAGCCCACGCAGCCGCCAUCCCUCCCCCGUUUUCUCCCUCCAAAUAUUUAGAAACAUUUUAAAAGUUGGUGGGCUGAAUAAAAUAAAGGUCCAACAGUGGUGCUUGACAUCUCCUACAGGGUUUUCGGUUAUUGUGCAGGAGGCGUUAUUACAGUAAAACAACUUAGUAUCACAGAACUGUAGAGUUGGCAGGGACCAUGGGGGUUGUCUAGAUCAACUCCCUACAAUUCAGGAAUCCUUUGUCCAACAUGGGGGCUUGAACCCACAGCCCUGAGAGUCUCAUGCUCUACGACUAAGCUAGACUCAAAGUUGCCUUAAUAAGCGUCCACUAAGUAUACAUUUUUCCCAAGGCUGCUCAACCCAAGAAGCUUUGGUGGCCCUUAAUGUCCCACUGAACUCACGUUAAGUGACACAUGGGGCCCUACAGCUUUAAACAGCAAACCCUUUUUUUCUGAAAUAGUGCAAUGCACUUGAGUUCAACUCUUAGCAUAGUAAGGGAGGGCAACAAAUGCAAACCACCUUGGUAUUAGUAAAAGAAUUAAAUGAUUCACGCUGGUUUAGUAAAAAGCUAUUUUACUGUAAAAAGUAAACCCAGAAAUCAAAACUGAACGCUUUGAGAGGUUCUUGAAAAUGUUUGUUUAUAUUGUCUUUUUUUUUACUGGAAGAAACGUGCAUAAUUCAAUUGACAUUGUAUUUGAAGUGGAUAAGGAAGUUCCUGUACUGAGUUUUGGCUUUACGAAGCCCAUUAAAAUCCCAUCUGAAACAAAAAUAAUAAUAAUGUCCCACUGAACUAAAGGAAAACUGAGACUGGGCUAUAAGUCAGCUGCCUGCUGCCAUCUAAGAGCCGCUUUUCCUUUGCUUCGUUACCAGUGCUCCCCCCCCAAAAAAAAAUGUUUAGGGGUACUUUCAUUUUCCUACUCAUAUUGAAAUACUGCCCCUCAAUGAGGCCAAACUUAGAUUCAGAAAACAUUUACCCCCGCGUCCCCUCAGAAAAAAAGCACUGUGCAUUACCAUGUGCUGGUGAAAGCUGCACUAUUUAAAUUUCAGGCUGUUGUGCAGCUAUUAAGGGCGCAAAGCCCCCCCCCCCUGCAAGGAAGAAGGUGGCAAAUCUACUCUCAGCUCUCGGGUAAAGCUUUGUAGAAAACAGAGUUCCCACCAGUGGUUUUAGGGCAUUUUGAAAACGCAACCACCACGAUCUUAUUUGUGUAUUUCUCACAAACUGCUGGAGACGUGGCAUUUACCUGCCCAGGCUUUGUCACUUGAGUAUAGGCCCGGCUCUUGCGAAAGUCCACCAUCUGUAAAGAAAUCUCUGCCUAUAAGGCAGCUACGUAGUGCAAUGGGUUAGAGUCUCAGACUAGCGUCAAGGAGAUACAAGUUCAACUUCUCAAGAAUCGCAGUUUUUGACUUUGGGCCAGCCACGAAUGCCCAGCCUAAGCUACCUUACCUGCCAUUCUGAGAAGAAAAUUGGGAGGGCAAAAUCAUGAGGAAAGGUGGGAUAUGGAUGUAAUAAGUACAGCAAACUCUUCCACUAAAUAUUCAUUUUCUAUGUGUAGGGAAUUUUAUCAUUUGUAUGCAGUGGUUGGGUCUAGUUCACAGACUUGGAGGUGAAAAUGAUGAAACAGGGCUAAGGAAAGUAGUUUUGGGAACUUCUUGCAGAUCUCCAGGUGGUUUGGAGUAGAUUUACCAAAUAACUUCCCCCUAAAUUAUACUGCUGGAAUGAAGGAAUGGGUGGGUGAGGAGUAUCAUUGUGAGGAGCAACUGUGAGUUCAGGUGCCUUAGAAUGCUUUGAUUCUAAGUGUUUAUCUUUUGCACCUGGCUACAGUUGGAGUCUCUCAGGUUCUGGUAAAAGGAAAGCCAAUUCUCCAGGCCUUUGUUCAUUCCUGAAAUAGAGGACUCUUUCAAGAGGACAAGGGUUCCUAUAUUUGUCCCAGCUUUGCAGAAGUAGCAGAUGAAACUUUUACCACCUCUGCAGCCUCACAGUAAGAAAAUUUAACCUGCUUUCUUAGUUCAUUGGAAUUGUUCUGGAAGCUCUGUUCUCAGGUGUGUCUGACUUGAAUGGUCUUGUAGAGAGUGCUACUGGCCAAGUAUGUAUUUUACAAGGAAGAAUUAGAUUUUGUAUGGCUAGUUUGGGGAAGCAUACUGGUUUAGUAUGGCUUAUUUUUAAGAAAAGGAAGCCGGUAGUUUUGCUAGGUAUGUGCAAAUGUUUGGUCUCUUGAUGGGCUGCUAAAUUUAAUAUGAGUUUGCAUUUCUUUUAGCCUGGAAAUUGUCCAUAUAAUAUUGACUAGAACCCUGCACUGUCAAGAGUCUGAUAGUUGAGCUGGUUUGAAUUUCAAAGGAUGGUUUUAAUAAAGGGAGGGUAACACAGUGGACUUGAAUUAUUUCACAGAUGUGUAAGAACUUAAUGAGGAAAAAGCUUUUUGGGCCAAGGUUAGGGAAGAAAUGUGUCUUUUCCAACUGAUGAGCUGGAGAAAAAUAGCCCUGCUCAUAUGAUAUACUAGAUCUCAUUUUCUUAUAAAAAGAAUGCUUGGCUCAUGGGCUGUGUUAUUCAAACUUCAUUUCUGUUCAGAAAUGAAAAAUGGGAGCCUGUAGUCAAUGGUCCAUCUACUUUAGGAAUAGCUUCUGUAAAGUCAAUAACUCCAAAGAGCUGCACAGAUUGAGGCUUAACUAGUUUCUGGAGCGCUGCCUUAAACGGGAGAACUUUGAUUUGAAACAGCUUAUUCCCAUCUUAUAUAAUUAUUAGCAAUUUAAGGCACCUUUUAUAUGUUGAAAGUAAUAGUCUGAGCUCAGCAGACCCUGUGAGAUUGGUGGCGAGAUUCUUAAUUUAAAGAACGGUGAGAAUGUGCUUGUCUAAAGACCAAACUAGACAUGACUGUAAUUGCAUGAUUAGAUUUAACGUGCCUGGUUUGAGAAUUUUUAAAUAGCAGCCAGGGUGGUGGGAAAUAGGGAGGGGGGGGUGAAUUUGGCACUGUGUCAAAUUCAGGGGGUUAACCCUAUCUGCCUGUGUAGCAGUCCCAAUGAAGACGACACACACGGAAUCUGCUCUCUUCCCCCUUGUUUCUUUGCAAUUAAAGAAUUACUUUCAUAUCUUAUUUGGGUGGCAUUUGUGGGGAGAAGAAUCCCCCUCCCCAGAUUUUUGUGAUCUUCAGUGGCCAAGAGAAAUUUCUACAUGGCAUAUGUGCAUAUGGCAGAGAGUUGUCUCAGUCCCCCCCCUUUCUUUUGGGGGUUUCUUUUUCAUUGUUAAAAGUUUUGCCAUUGCUUGAAGAUCUGGCGCACUGUUCCCAGGGGGACAAUUCUUUGUUACUGUUUCUAAAACGUUUGCCCCCCACUCCCGCCCCUUCAUACAUGUUAUGGUAAGUCCCCUGGCAAUUUCUCCAAUUCACCCAGAACCCUCCACCCCAGUUUCACAGGAGACAAAUGACUCUGUAAAAGAGUAUGUGUGUUGGCAUGGGGGGGGACAGACGGACAACUUUUAGCCAAGUCUUCUUCGAUUAAGCUUUCAUGGCUCUAAAAUAUUUUCAAUUUAUGUACCCUGGUUUGUGGAUUGGGUUUCCCAUCUUGAAAAGAAUAGGGAAGGGGGUAAAAUUGCCUUGAGAAGGAAUAUUAUAAAUCAAAAGACACAUUGAGACAACCUCUGAAGAAAAGGAGAGUCAAAAUAUCCAAAGGUGUUCCUUCUAAUAAUUUCAAAAUUUAGGGCAUUUUUAUGUGACACCCCUUUACUCCCAAGUUGAUCAUUUGUGCUGGUGUUUUUAAUGCAAAGUAGGGCAGGGGCACGAGCUAGUUAUUAAACCCAUGUCCAUUCAAGCAAAUGCAAGACUUAAUUUCGAUUUCAGGCGUGGGAAAUGCAAAAAGCGAGUUUUGUGUUUUGGAGUAGCAAAUUACUCUUUCUUUCCAUCCCUUUAAAAAAUCCAUUUGCCCACCCUUUAAUUCCUGGAUUGACAUUACAGUUUCGUCUUGGCAUUGCUUUGGGACUAUAAUUAGGAAACAGGGACACCUCCCCACACCCC